UAUUAUACUGCUAUAAGUGUAAUUAAUACCAUUUUAUAUCUAAUAACAAUGGUACCGAUUAUUUGCCCAAAAAGCCAUCCCAAAAAAGUCCUAAAUGGGCCCACCGAAAAACUCAUCUCUAUUAUCUUAACCAAUCCGAUUGGAUACCAUUAACAAAUUGGAGUCAUGAUGAUGUUACCGUGCACCUAAACAUACUAGAUCUUUCCCAUAAUUCGUUUCUUAACGAAUUAUUUAUUUAUUUAUGAAAAGCAAUAUCAUUAAUAACUGUCUUCACCGACGUAGGUGUUUCGUUUCAUUAAAUCUGAGUGUUUUUUUGGGUCAAUAAAAAAUAUAUCACUCCGGUUUCAGUUCCACUAAAUUGGUAUCCGAACCCAUUAGCUCGGAGAUCCGACCCAUUAUUAAUUUAUUUAAAGAUUUUUAAUUUUAUUUUCCGGAAAAGGGCUUUGUUUGGAGCUUAGAAAAAGUAUAAACAUAUGUAAAAUGUACUUGAGACAUGGUAGUUUCGUCCAAUCAGUGAGAGAAAGGAAAGAAGAAAAAUCUCAAUGGUCCAACAAUGAAAUAAGGGAAAAGUAUAAAAGGACUAAGAAAAAGUGGAAGUAUCAACUAUCAAUCAAGUAUGGUAUAAAAAGUUGAAUAAUAAAGAAAAAUAGUUUAUCGAAAAUAAAAAUAAUAAUAAUAAUUAGAAAAAUAAGUAGGUAGAAAAUGGUUUACUUAAUGAAGUCAUAUAAGUCUAAGAAAGAACGAAACAGUAGAAAACAGAGAAGCUGAGCUGAGCUCUCUCUGCUUUGCCUUUUUCAUCCCUUUCAGUCAGCCAUUCAUUCCUUCACUCGUUCACACCCGCCCUUUUUCCCCUUUUUUUAAUAAUUUCAUCUUUACUUACCCCACCAUGUGACUCUCUCUCUCUCUUCUUUUCUCUCUUUACCUCUCUAUGAAGUUCUAUCAUCUUCUUUUGCUUCUUCUUAUAUAAACCCGCGAGUCUGACACUCGGUAAUGGUGGCCAGAUAGUAAUAGUGCUGCAUUCACAUGUUCUUUCUCUCUCUCUCUCUGUCUGUUUCGAAGUUUUGAGAUUUGGGUUUGGUAGAAAACGCAAAUCUGGCUAUUGGGUUGGCUUCGGUUUCGGGAAUCGAGCUAAGAUUUGAUGCAGAUAGGGGGUGGAGGAAGGAUCGUAAAUGAAGCUCUUGCUCGGGGGAACGGCCGCUUCACCAUUAUGGUUUCUGUUGAUUUUGGGGUUGGGGUUCGGGUGUCUUAGCUCUGUUUCUGCUGACAAUGGAGGUAUCAGAGAUCGUCGGGAAUUUAUCUUAGGAGGAGGAGAAGAAAAUCUGGGGCCAUGGAAGAACGAAAUCUCGGAGCUUGCAGCAGCCCCUGGUCCAGCAAGAGAUGAACCUCAGACCACGCUUGUCUUGGCAGCCAACAGAACAAACAGACCGGACAUUCUUCGCAACUUCAGGCGAUACAGAGGCGGUUGGGACAUCACUAGUCGAAAUUACUGGGCUUCUGUUGGAUUUACUGGCUCAGCUGCUUUCAUUCUUGCUGUCCUAUGGUUUAUUUCCUUUGGGUUAGUUCUUGUUAUUCAUCAUUGCUGUGGAUGGAGGAUAAACAUCAAGAAUGAAGGAUCACAUCUUUCACAAAAGAUCACUCUUAUCUUGCUUCUAGUCUUCACCUGUGUUGCAGCGAUUGGAUGUAUCCUUCUAUCUGUUGGGCAGGAUGAAUUUCAUGGUGAAGUUCUGCAUACACUCAAAUAUGUUGUAAAUCAGUCAGAUUACACAGUGCAAAUCUUGAGAAAUGUCACGCAAUACCUGUCCCUUGCAAAGGAUAUCAACGUGGCCCAGGUUUUCCUUCCUUCUGAUAUUAUGGAAGAUAUUGACAAGUUGAAUGUUGAAUUGAAUACUGCAGCAGAUACUCUGACUGAAAAGACGAGUGAAAAUUCUGUGAAAAUUAAAAAAGUCUUCAAUCUUGUGCGUUCAGCUUUGAUUACUGUUGCUGCAGUAAUGCUUGUCCUAGCCUUGAUUGGUCUUGUCCUCUCUGUCCUUGGACACCAACAUGCAAUCCACAUAUUUAUAAUCAGUGGAUGGCUACUUGUGGCAGUUACUUUCAUUCUUUGUGGAGUUUUUGUAAUCCUCAACAAUGCAAUUUCCGACACUUGUAUGGCCAUGGAAGAAUGGGUUGAAAAUCCCCAUGCAGAAACAGCUCUUACCAACAUUCUUCCAUGCGUUGAUCAAAGAACAACUAAUCAGACUCUCAUCCAGAGUAAACAAACUAUCAAUGGUAUUGUAAAUGUUGUCAAUCGAUUUGUCUAUACCUAUGCAAAUGCAAAUCCCUCAGAAGGUGCUCCUUAUUACUACAAUCAGUCUGGACCUCCUAUGCCUCCUCUAUGUUAUCCGUUUGACUCUAAUCUGAAACAAAGCCAAUGUGGGGAUCAAGAGGUGUCUAUUGCAAAUGCUUCAAUGGUAUGGCAGAAAUAUACAUGUGAAGUAUCAACAGCUGAAAUAUGUAUAACUGCUGGAAGAGUGACUCCCAACAUAUACUCACAGCUGGUAGCCGCAGUUAAUGAGAGCUACGCACUUGAGCACUACACCCCACCAUUGCUGAGCCUCCAAGACUGCAAUUUUGUCCGUGAUACAUUCCGAAAUAUCACUUCCAGCUACUGCCCUCCAUUAGACCGUCAUCUCAAGACGGUGAAUGCUGGCUUGGCCCUGAUUUCUGUUGGUGUCUUGCUUUGCCUUGUUCUCUGGAUUCUCUAUGCAAACCGCCCCCAAAGGGAGGAAGUGUUUGUGAAACUAUCCUCACUAAUACAAGGCAAGGGUUACAGAAGUAGCAGCAAUAAUGUGCCAUCAUCAAUUACAUCAAUUGAAGUAUGAGUAGAAAAUUACCUGAAAGAUUAGAAAUAUCCAAUUUUUUUGGAAGAGUUAUGUAUAAAGAAAGAAAGAAGAAACCGAAGUGGAGCAAAGUUCCAUUUUGAGUUUAGAGUAUUUGCUCCAUUAUAUAUAGUAUAAAUUAUUGUAAUGUAUAGUAAAGAAAAAAGGAAGUUCGAUUUUUCCAUAAGUCUUGUGUAAGUUACUUUACUUUCUCAAUGAAUAAAAGCAGUGCCAAAAAACAAUUAUCUUUA